AGGGAGGUAAAAAGGUAGUGAAACAUGAGAAACCCAGAGCUAAAAAAAGUAAUUCGGGAAAUUACUGUUUAUGCAUACAAAGGGGAAAAGGUGAAGCAAGCUCUGAGAAGAGAUGGUCGUUUACUGAAUAUCGUAUUCAAAAAGAACUGUGUGCUCUCUGAGACAAGCAUUGAAGUAACCUCAGAAAUGUCCACUCUCGUUGAUGUUCUUGAUGGUAAAACUUUCCAGAUCAAACUGCUCAGUAAGUCCAGUCCCCCAAAAAGUCAGCCUGGCAGUCUUGAUGAUGCUGACAUGAUACAAAAUGAAUCUCAGAGAUCUGACUCUGAUGGAAACCAAGAUCCUCCACAGCAGUCCACCUCGACUGAGUCAGUGAAAGACAACGAGCCAAAAGAGAAACCAAAGCCAAAUGGUAAUAUUUCACCAGGCAACAUGGUAUGUGAAAUACCUCAUUCAGAAACAAUGCAGCGUCACCUGUCUUCACAAUUUAAAUAUUUGUUGAAAGGGAUGAAAACUCAGCCAGGUCUGAAGCUUUCUCGUAUCCACGGACCCCUCCUUGUGGAGUUUGGAAAGAGUGUUGAGACAUGCAGGGAAGUGAGCACAAUGAAGAAGCUGAUGGAGCUCAGUAAUUCUGUUUGCCAAGUGAGAAUAAACGGGAGGCCAGAAGGAAGUGGCUUUCUCCUAUUUGACAGGUUUGUCCUCACAAAUGGCCACACAGUUAAAAACAUUUAUAAUGAGAGUACAGAGCAGCUCACUGAGAGGCUCACUGUCCAUUUCUCUUUUGAAAGUUUAGACCAGACGGAGAGAGGGCGAGAGUCUGGAGCAGCAGUGGAAGCAGUCGUUGGCUUUGAACACUAUCUUGGUGUGUCAUACUCGUAUGACUGGGCUUUGUUGAAGCUCGGUGCUGAUCAGACAUUGUCUGGUCUGUUAAAACACUUUGGAUUCAUUCCAACGAGAGGUGGAAUUUGCAUUAUUGGGCAUCCUUAUGGCGGUGUGAAAAGGAUAGAUGCAUGCUUUACUUUUCCAAGUGCGAACUGCAUCCAGGUUGUGCAGAGGCAUUUCCUUCAAAAUCAGGUGGAAGGCACUGAUUACAGUUGUUCACCCGGGCCCAUUCAGUUGGUUACUGACCAGUUUUCUCCACAUGUGGCAAAUUCUGUCGAACAAAAAAGACAGGCUCUAACUAAGUCUUGUUUUUACUUUGGCUCAUCUGGCUCUCCUGUCUUCGAUGAGCACUGUAAUGUUGUUGCAAUGCAUUCAGGGGGAUAUGCCUACAACAAUGCAAGGGGUCAAAGCCAGAGUGUCAUAGAGUUUGGCCAUCCUCUGUCUGUCAUUCUUGAACGCAUCGUUGUCCAGAUAGUGGAAAGAAAGAAGUCUGAUGUGUUAAAGGCAUUUGACAUGUGUUUGAAGGAGUUCUUUGAAUACCUCUCUCAGAGGAUAGAGGUGCCUGUCACGAACACUGCUUGACUGUACAGUUACAAAUAUAACUGCUUACAAAAGA